GGAAUGUUGAUCUAACCAAAUUCUUAUCAUCUUAUCUCACCACCCACUUAUCUCCUUCAAGUUCAAAUUGGGUUGGGGUUUCUGGAAAAACCGCAUAAAACUUUAAAUAACAGAAUAACUUUCUCAUGUCCUCCCUUAGUCAGCCAUAAAAUGAAUCCUUUGCAAUAUUUACUGUUUGCAAUAAUAGUAUCGAAAUCUUGUUGGGCUUAUUCCCCUGAAAUAGUGUCUUUAAAUUACAGUACAACGUACAAUUUUACUGUUAACAGUUCAAUCGAGUAUAUUUUGGAAUUCAAGGAUGACAAUAAUUUUGGUUACUCUGAGCUUCCACCACGAAUAUGGGUUGAAAGUAACGCCACACCUAGUGCCCCUUUAAUGAUAGUUGCGAGACAAACCAAAGAAAUGCUGUCCUGGCAGUUGCCACUAGAAUUAGAACUAGAAGGAUCUGACGGAGAGACAAUCUACAAUUAUACCUCAAGAACAAUGUGCCAUGAUAUUAUAAAACAUUACAGGAAACAAGGAAGAGUUAAAAUACAACACGAAAACCCCAUAUUAUCUGUAGCAACGUCUUCGAAUACUUCCGUACAUUUUUCAGUUAAUGUUCAUCAUCAGACCAAUUUUUCGAUUCAACUGAAUCGCGUGUACAAUUUUACAAUUACACCAAGUGAACCAAGGUAUUUUUUCUACAAUUUUACAACCAAUUCUACGCUGUUGAAAAAAGGGGAUUCUAAUUACGAGACAGUUAUAUUAGAAGUAAAUUCAGACGACAUUUGCAUGACUGUUAGUAUACAGAAUAUAAGCUGUCCUGUAUUCGAUACCAACCAAGAUGUCACAUUCAGGGGCUUCUACGAAACAGUCAAUCGUAAAGGGGGAAUUACCAUUCCGAAAUACAAAUUUCCACACGGGUUUUACGUAGUAUUCGUAGCCAAAGCUAAUGAUUACGCUUGCACCAAAGGCGGUGGAUUCGCAAAUGGAAACAGCUAUCCGUUCAGAAGGAAAUACAUUUCUAUGAUCAUAAAACCGAGUAUCACGUAUUCGGACUAUGUUAAAGCCGUUUUGAUUACAUUAGCUUGUAUAGGCGCUUUUUACGUUAUAUUCGGGCUUCCUUACUUCGUGUACACCGUGAAAGGCACGGUUCCCAGAGAGAUGGCUUACGUUGAAGAGAGCUACUCGUCGACGCCGAGCGGUCAAAUGACCGCACAAAAUCCAUCGACUUCCUCAUCUACGAACGCCCGCAUGGACGGACCUUCGGUAGAUAUGGCCGAUUUCGAUACUCUCAACGAAGUGGACAGCGACAGGAAUUUAAGAUUAGGAAGAGGCCAGCCUUACCUGGUAGAUUUAGCUAGAAAACACCCGAACGAACUGAAAAAACGAUCCUAUUUGUACCUCUACAACGUGUUAACAGUGGCCUUGUUCUACGCUCUUCCCGUUGUACAGCUAGUAGUUACAUACCAAAGAGUUUUAAAUGAAACCGGUCAACAAGACUUGUGUUAUUACAAUUUCCUGUGCGCUCACCCGCUGGGGCUUUUGAGCGAUUUCAAUCACGUACUAUCCAAUAUAGGAUACGUUUUGUUAGGGGUAUUGUUCCUCAUUAUAACGUACUUGCGCGAGCAUAUGCAUAAAGAUGACCUUUUCGACAGGCAAUACGGUAUUCCUCAACACUACGGUCUCUUCUACGCGAUGGGUGUAGCACUGAUAAUGGAAGGCGUUUUGAGCGGCAGUUACCACGUGUGUCCGAACCAAUUGAAUUUCCAAUUCGAUUCGAGUUUCAUGUACGUGAUGGCUGUAUUGUGCAUGGUGAAGUUGUACCAAAAUCGCCAUCCGGACAUCAAUGCUAACGCUUAUACGACCUUCGGUGUAUUAGCUAUUGCUGUUGUAUUAGCUAUGAUUGGUAUAUUGGAAGGCACUACGUUCUUUUGGUCGUUCUUCGUUGUAAUUUACAUCAUUAUGUGCUUCUAUCUUAGCGUGAAGGUUUAUUAUAUGGGAUGUUGGAGAUUAAGUGAUGUUUCGAUGCAAAGAAUCAAACAGGUUUGGAUAUACGAUUUCUGGUCCGGGCCAGUGAAUGUUCUGCGACCGUGCCAUAAAGCGAGAUUCGUGCUGUUGCUGUUGGGUAAUUUCUGCAAUUGGGGCUUAGCUACUUUUGCACUCUACAAGCGACCGAAGAAUUUUCCCGUUUUCCUCCUCACGAUUUUCAUGGCCAAUACCUUACUGUACUACUUAUUUUACAUUGUGAUGAAAUAUGUUAAUAAGGAACGUGUGAAACUUUUAACAUGGAUGUUCCUCUUAAUAUCCAAUCUUUGCGCUGGCGGUGCCCUCUAUUUCUUCCUGCACAAAUCCAUCUCGUGGAAGAGAACAGCGGCUCAAUCGAGACAGCUAAACAGCGAAUGCGUGCUGUUGCGUUUCUACGAUUACCACGAUAUAUGGCACUUUUUGAGCGCGAUCGGUAUGUUCUUCACCUUCAUGACCUUAUUAACUUUAGAUGACGAUUUGUCCCAUACUCCUCAUACGCAAAUUCCCGUGUUUUAAUUAGUGAUUUUGACGGUGAGUAUUUUAUGGAUAUUUUAAAAAUUAAGGAUGUUUGUUGUUAAUUUAUUGAAAAAGUAGUGGUGUUUGGUAAUAUUUUUGAAAAAAUUUAUAGAACGUUGUAAUAUAAAUAAUUUGUCUCGCUAUUUUCCCUUAAUUUAAGUAAUUUUAUCGCAAUUUUAUUGCUUGAAAGUUUAUUUGAAUUAAUUCUUAUUGACCAAUCAGCAAUAAUAACUCUAAUAAAGAGUGUACAUACAUUUGUCUACUUAAUAAUAAUGAGAAAUUAUUUUUUCCAUUCCUUUCUUUGGGACAAAAAUUUCUCUGUUAAUCUUGUGAUAUUCCGCUGUUAAGUGUUGUUAAUUGACGUUAUUUUUAAAGUAUAUGCUCAAAUGUAGCGGCUGUUACUCGUGAAAAUGAUGCAUAUUUCACGUGCAAUUUUGUAUUUUGUGAUAGAGACUUUAUUUAGUAUAAGUUAUUUUGAGUUUCUUGAAAAAUAGCGUCAAAUUUUCGAAACUUUUUUGAUAAACCGAGUGAGAAUUUGUACGUUAUUUUUUUAAACAUGUCUGUAAGUGAAUGAAUUGAAUUUAGUUUAAUUGCUUUGUGCUUAUAGUAUUUGUUAAGUCCAUAAAUAUAUUCCUUAGUUGGUAGGUACGACCUUUUUCGAUGUUACCCUAAUAAAAUUAUUGCUUGUUUGUAUUAUUGAUGAAUAAUAA